GCGGCAGCUGCUUGGGCGCGGUGCGGUGGUGACUGAGCUACGAGCCUGGCAGCAGGUGUGCGCCGAGCCCCGGCCUGUCCCCCGCGUGCCUCCCAGGCUCCGCACCCCUGAUGCUGCGCGGGUGCUGAGCCCGCUUCGGCAGGGACGAUGGUGAAGUAUUUCCUGGGCCAGAGCGUGCUCCGGAGUUCCUGGGACCAAGUGUUCGCCGCCUUCUGGCAGCGGUACCCGAAUCCCUAUAGCAAACAUGUCUUGACGGAAGACAUAGUACACCGGGAGGUGACCCCUGACCAGAAACUGCUGUCCCGGCGACUCCUGACCAAGACCAACAGGAUGCCACGCUGGGCCGAGCAACUAUUUCCUGCCAAUGUUGCUCUCUUGGUGUACAUCCUGGAGGACUCUAUUGUGGACCCACAGAAUCAGACCAUGACUACCUUCACCUGGAACAUCAACCACGCCCGGCUGAUGGUGGUGGAGGAACGAUGUGUUUACUGUGUGAACUCUGACAACAGUGGCUGGACUGAAAUCCGCCGGGAAGCCUGGGUCUCCUCUAGCUUAUUUGGUGUCUCCAGAGCUGUCCAGGAAUUUGGUCUUGCCCAGUUCAAAAGCAACGUGACCAAGACUAUGAAGGGUUUUGAAUAUAUCUUGGCUAAGCUGCAAGGCGAGGCCCCUUCCAAAACACUUGAGACAGCCAAGGAAGCCAAGGAGAAGGCAAAGGAGACGGCACUGGCAGCUACAGAGAAGGCCAAGGACCUCGCCAGCAAGGCGGCCACCAAGAAGCAGCAGCAGCAGCAACAGUUUGUGUAGCCAGCCCACCACCACCACAGCACCCCAGACAGCUAGGCUUAGCCCCUCUGCCCUCCCUCCAUUGUACUUUAUCAUUAAAAAUCAACUUCCAAAAAAAAAAGAA